AGUGGGAACAGAAGUCAAUGCGCUGUGUUCGACGAGACCCGAGUCAGGAAGUUAGAUCCAGCUGGAAGGAACCGACACGGGGACAAACUAUCAAGGGAGACCCAGUGGAGGAGAUGCACGCAGCGUUGCGCCUGGUCGUAGUGGCAGUCCCGAUGGGUGUGCUGCUGUCCCGGACCAUGGCGUGGAUGUCCAGCGGCAAAACGCACUCAGAGCUCAUCAGCAGGCUGAGGGAUCACGGGGUGAUCCGCAGCGACCGAGUGUUUGAUGCCAUGCUGGCUACAGACAGAGGGCUCUACACUAUAGACUAUCCCUACGCAGACUCUCCUCAGUCCAUAGGUUACAGAGCGACCAUCAGUGCACCACACAUGCAUGCUCAUGCUUUGGAGCUGUUAAGUGACAAACUAACUGAAGGGGCAUCGGCCCUGGAUGUGGGUUCAGGAAGUGGAUAUCUCACAGCCUGCUUUGCAAGAAUGACAGGACCUAGUGGUAAAGUGGUUGGCAUUGAACACAUUGAUGAACUGGUUCAAAUGUCAAUAAAAAAUGUGCAAGCUGACGACCCAGAGCUGCUCAUCUCUGGACGAAUCAAACUUACAGCGGGAGAUGGAAGGCUCGGUCACCCAGAAGGAGCACCAUAUGAUGCCAUUCAUGUUGGUGCAGCUGCAGCUACUAUUCCUAAGGCUCUCUUGGAGCAGCUGAAGCCUGGUGGGCGGUUGGUUCUGCCAGUGGGCCCCGACGGUGGCAGUCAGGUGUUGGAACAGUACGAUCGGCAGAGCGAUGGGACUUUUCUCAAGAAAGCUUUGAUGGGAGUGGUUUACGUCCCCCUGACUGACAAGAGGCGUCAGUGGCCUGGAGGUGAGCUCUGACUGCAGUGUGGUUGCCCCCACAGGAGGUGGCGUUGGUGUUGCAUCUCCGGGGCCAAGUAGCACUUCUCAUGGUUUGACUGAGCUCUGGUCUUAACAGCCACCUGCCCCGCUGGGAUGUCACCCAGCAACGUACAAGGAGGAUCCUUCUCUGUUUGCCCAACCAGAUUUUCUUCCAAGAGUGAUAAAACAGUGAGCGACUGAAUGAGCGACCAACCGCUGGACUGAUGACCUCACACUCAGAAUCCUCUGAGAUUGAGUUUAGAGAGUGAAGUUAUUGAGGAUGACAAAGAAAGGUUGCCUGAGAUUUAAGUGAUUCACAGGAGUCAGUCAAGUUCAGCCAUUAGAGAAGUGCAAUAUCAGCUUAAGAAGCUACAGAAUGUGUUUUUCUGGAUGCUUAUGGGAAAUUCAGAUGAGCGGUUAAUAUGUGACUUUGUGUAUAAUCUGCUGUGAACGCUUUGGUUUUGAAUGCAAUAACACAUAAAGACAAACCCAAGUACAGGCCAAGGAAGUUGAAUGAAAAUGUCAGCAAAUGAAUAAUGUAUAUAUUUAAAUAUUUGGCUUCAUCUACUGUAUGUUUAUGAUAACUCCUGCUUGACAUUGUUACUGUAGAGCAGAGGGGGCACUGUGCCAAAACUGAGGCACUUAAUUUUUUUUUUCAAUUAUAAAAAUAUUGAAUAAUGUGUAAGAUGUAUUAAUAAAAACCCAUUUCAAGACAUAUUGCAUAUACUUUUUUAAAAAU